AUGUUAAACUUUUUAACAGGGUCUCUUUUGGUUUUAUCUUUUUAUUAUGGCUGGCUCAUUGUCUAUUCUCAUGCAUCAAAGCGAACAACUUUUUGUGUAGGAUUUAUUGUGUUUAUUAGCUAUUUUCUUGGGUUUACCAUUAUCACACUAAUUCCUUAUGAUAUUUAUUUGGUAUUUUCCUAAAUCUCCUCCGUUAGUGAGAAUUACGUUGUUAAAAUCCUGCUUAUGGGGAAAUUAACUAUAUAGGCAAAGCAAAAUGUUUGCAAUAUAAAUAUUUUAAUUAUAUAUAAAUAAUAAUUAAUAAAAUAUUCAAUUAAAUAAAUUUAAUUUUAUUUACUCCAACUCCUUUUAAUAUUAAUAAAACAUAAUAUUUUAAGUAAAUUAGCCGCCCUUUAAAUUAGAACAAAAAGUUUUUUUAAUGGAAAAUUUUACAGGUAAAAAUUAUAGCUUAGACAUAAUUUUAUUAAGGAAUAGCUGUUAAAAUACUGUUUAAAUACUUGGCAUGCUGAUUUGAUUAACUCUUUAAAAAUAAAUUAAUUUAAAAAUAUGCAUUCAAUUUAUAAAAUUUUAUUUUUAUAAUGAAAAAUUUUAUACUAUCAUCUCUUGGUUAAAUUUUUUAUGGCCGUUAUACGCGCCAUUUUCAUAUGAAAUUUAUUUUCCGCACUAAAAUCUGCGUUUUGAAACGUAUAUUUGGUUUCCACAUACCAAAUUCAAAAUGGCUUGCAUAUUCAUGAUAUGAAUAAAUGCAACGCAUUAUAUUUUUUAUCCAAAAAAAUUUAAACCCUUUUGAUAUCCAACAGAAUUUUUGUUCCAAUUUAAAUUAGGGAAGAGUUAAUUUUUUAAUAGGGCGCUUUUCGCGCCAAAAGUGUGAAGGCGAAGGACAAGUGUGGUGCUCCAGGGGUAUGUAUGCAGCAAGUAGGAAGUUGAUGGAGGACUACAGUUGAUGAUUGCUGGAAGAUGCUGGAGUUUUUUGUUGCAGCGAAAGCGGACAUGAAUUGAUUAAGUUAUAAUUGGCCGAUUUCGGAUGAGUAAUGUGCGAAUCGGUGAUUCAAUUAUAGCUUAAAUUACGAAGAUGGGCAAAAAGUGAGGAUAAGCGACUGAACUUUGGAGGUUUAAAAUUUUUUGGUUUAUUUGACGAUUUUUUUGGGAUUUUUUGGGAUUUAUUGGGAAUUUUUCAGAUUUUUUUUUGAGUAAAAACGAGAGAAAUGCGGUACAUCCGCGAUAAAAUUUAAGUUAUAAGUUAUAAGUUAUAAAUUAGGGAAAGAGUGUCAUUCUAUAGUAUAAAUCAAUAAUCUAAUUUGAAUUUUUUUUCUCAAACAUUUGUUUUAGGACUUUUUCAAAUUCAAAAAAAAAUAUAAAAAAUUGGAGUAGUGGAGUAAGCAGAGAUAUACAAGAAAUAAAGUUGGAUCUCCCCAUGAUGACAUUGCAGUAAUGAGACCCCUAUGGGUAUGGCUGUAUUGAAUUUCUUUUGCACUUGGCUGGUACCGAUUAUAUUAGACUUGUCCUUCCUCUUAUAAAAGAAUAUAUAGACUCAGGCGAUUUUUCUUUUUCCUCCAAACUAAGAACAGCUUUUUAUAGACUGACAAAAAGUAUGAUUUUAGUAUUCGGAUUAGGGCUAGCAUUAGUUAUUUAUUUACUUAUGCAAAAUCAUUUUAUAUUGUAAGAUAUAUUUAGUGAGACUUUAUCAAUUUUUUUCAUUAUUUUGAAUAACUGCACAGGCUUAUUUAUGAUAAUUAUUUUAUUAGGUUUUGGCUUGGUAAAUGUUCCACAAUUAUUUUGAAAGUUAGGGAAUACUGAAAAAUACUUGAAGGAUUUGUAUUCACAGGCUACAAUACUUGAACAGCAAUUAUUGCAAUCAAAUAAAAAUUUAGAUGAAACUUUAAAGCUUAUGAUUGCGGCUUCUCAUCAAAUCCCUGAUGCUUCCCCACUCAAGCCGUGUCUUGAUAUGAUUUUAUCAAGAUGCCCAGAAGAAAAGAUUGAGGAAAACCGAUCCUUUGUAUCAGAAGAGACCAGAAAUCAGUUCGGAAACUUACCAGAGAAAAGAUUAUCAGAGAUUAAUUAUGAUAUCAAAAAAGAAAUAGAUGAAUUGGAAAGGGUAAAAUAUAAAUACAACAGUUUAAUUGAAAAAGCGAUGUUUUUAGAGGACAUAACAAAUUCUUAUAAUAGCACACAAAAAAAGGUGAUUUCAUAUAUGAUACCACAAAGAGGAGGAAGCUACAUAAAGGUAAAAGAAUUUUUCGAAUGGAUUUGACUCACAAGAUUUCGACCUAUUGUCUAUAGACUUUUAGGAAUUUUAUUCGCUAUAAUGAGUGUAUGCGUAGUUUUAGAAGAAAUCACUAUAUGACAUAAUAAGCCUAUAUUGAUUUUCCGAUUCCCAAUGGAAAGAGACCUAGGAGUUUAUUGGAUACAAGCAAUAAUUUUCAUUCCGCUUAUAUAUAUCAUUGCAUGUACAUACUUUGCUUUUUCAAAUAUUAAGCUUGAGAAUUUUUAUGGCCUUUACGCACAUAAUAAUACAGACCCUAGUAAUCUCAUAUGAAAUGCUUCCAUGAUGCUAAAACUAGUAACUCCUUUGUCCUAUAACUUUUACAUGUUUAUGAAAUUCAAAAAAUGCGAAUUUUUCCAGAUCAUGAGAGCAGCUAAUUUCGUUCCAAUUUUAGGGAAGGAUUUUGGGAUGUAUUUCCCAUCUUUAUUGCUUAUACUUUGCCUUUUGAAUUAUUUCAAUUUAUAUGAAAAAAUGAUAGUUGCAUUAAGGAUAAGGCAACUUAGCUUUACUGAUAAAUAUUCUGCGGAUAGAAUACUAGAAGGAGCAUCAAUAAUACAAAAUGAAAGAGAAGCAAGAGAAAAAGAUUUUGGAUUAAGCAGUUCAUCAGCAAUCGAAAUAGUUAAUAAUGACAUGCAAAAGACAGAAGGGUUUGAUGAAAAUCCCAAGAAAUUUGAUAGGCUUUACGAUUAA